GUUCUCAACCUUGAACCUUGAAUCUCUACCUUAUACGGAAAAAAAGUAGUUAGCACGGACGAGUAGAUGUCAUAGAUAUUUUGCUAUUUGCUGUAGUUCUAGUUUGUUAAAUGAAAGAAAACAAAAAGAUCAACAUCAUGGGCGGCGGCUGUAACUUGCUCGUCGUGCUCUUGUUUUUUGGGCAGUACCUUCGUACGGGGAAUGGCCGCGCUAAUCACGGUGGUGCUCACGACCGGCAGCCAGGUCCGCCCAACAUAUCCAAUCAGCCACCGAGUUCUAUAAUACGUUCCCAGAGACCAGUAGUACAGACCUCCUCGUUACGAUUGCCCAAUGACAGUGCCGAUCCGGCAUCGCCGGUUCGUGGGCCUCCUCGCAAUGCGUUUGCUGGUGGACCUGGAGGACGUAGAGGUGGAGCUACGUUUUCUGUUAAGGCUCGUGAGCAGUUGCUCUGAUGUUAGAAUACCUUUUCAACAUUGAUUGUUAUUCUAACAGACAUCGAUUUUGAUUGAACAGGAAAUCGUUUCUUGAACUAGGUCCAUCACAGCAAAUACAUUUAUCUUACCUCUUCUAAACCACGCACUCCUUCCACUGGUGCUGACUCAGGCGGUCUGGGACGCAGUCCAUCCUCUGUCUCCUUAGCAGACAGCACUACCAAGUCUGGGAAAAUGUUACAACAGAGCAUCCUCUCCGGUGCGUCGACGGCUUUGCCGUUGGAUUCUUUGGGUACCUCUGGCGGAAGUCUAGGAACUUCGUAUAAUCGAGGUGCACAAGAACAUCAAUCACCUUAUACUAGUACUAUGGACCACGCCUUUGCUAGAUCCCAUUCCCAGGAUCUUUCUGGCUUCUACGAGUCUGGAUCAAGCCUGCUAUUUACUGUGCGCAGUCAGCCUCGCUUAGAAGGCAUGCGCGCAUUUGAAGUAGACGGAGGAGCAGGAACAAACAUCUAUGGUGAACACGAUGAUCCAGCUCCACCUUUGUUGGAGGAGGAUGAAGCAGGCUCAAAAGAGGAUACAGAAUCUUACGGCUAGUUUAUCACUAUCCCAUGUGAGCUGGAGUAUGCUGAGUGCGGUCCCCCUUGAUUUAAAGGAGAAGCUAAGCGGGAUGCAGGGCAUAGCACUCAACCAGGGAUAGUGAAAAUCUAGCGCUAAGGAUCUGUUCUCUCCAAAAGCAGUAGCUCUCCCCAUGCUAGAAGUGAGGCCUCUGGCGCCUCUAGUCGUGGAACGAGUAGCCAUUCACAACGUAGUAAUGUACGAGAAGAACAAGGAACGUCUUCGCACAAUAAUGUGGCAUCAUUUCUGACUGGUGGAAGUGGAUCAAGACGAGGCUCACGUGUUUCUUCUGAUCAUGGUGAUCAAGAGUUGCAUGAAAUCCGACCUACAACUGGUUCUUUUCUCGAAGACGUAGCAGAAGAAUUUGGAAGGAAUCACUCGACAGCAGGCAACGAUGAAAACUAUCACACACUACCUGGACGAGAAGAAAGUAGAGAAAUGGUAACUACAGCAACCGGUGGGGCAACCAUCGUGAAUCCACGGGUCGUUAAUCCCUUCUCUCUGUCGCGGUUUAAUCCUAAAAGACUCCUUUAUGGAUCGAAGGAGUCUACGUCGCGUGACUCAGCUGCUUCUUCAGGUGGAGGUGGAAGUGGCAUGGUGAAUGCGAAUUCUGUUUUCGCUGCUCCAAUGCAGCAAGGAAGAGGCGUGAUGAGUCGUGGACCGCCAGUUGGUUAUCGUGGAACGCUAUUACUCUCCGACUCGUCAGAUUCACUCGCGUCUAACGAUCAUUUGCAGAAUUUGCCACCAUUGCCACCAGUAGAGGAACUCCAUCAUUCUGCAGGAACUUUGGCGCGUUCUACAGGCAGUACCGGAACUGCUGCGGGAUUUGACCGCUUGCCUGUGGAGAGGACUUCGAUGAGCAUGACUAUGAGAAUAAUUUUGAUGGCAUUUUUAGAUCAUGAGGAAUCGAUGGUGUCUUUGAUACAGUCUGAUAAACAGUGUUUCUGUACGAGCCCCACAAUAUCUUACAUUCGCUAUCCUACGUGGCGUCUCCAUGCCUUCUAGCAACUCCACUCUCUAACCCCAUGCCUCACGCUAGUGGCGCGACUGCUAGUGGUUCUGAUGGAACUGAAGGGCCUUUCUGCGACUCAGCGAUGUAUUCCCAGUUGUGGAGUUGUGGAGAUACAACUAGUGCAGGUACAACUAGUUGCGGGAGCACAUCAAGAGUUUUCGAACAUCUGACCGAUAUGGUGAACGCCGCAACGAGCACGAUCACCAACUGCCUUGGGGCUUCGUGUUCGGCUUGUGGUGAUUCGAUUGCUACAGAUGAGAACUCUACUCCAGAUCCUGCAUCCUGUCCUGAGCGUGCGUGCAAGCGACUGAAGAAGCAUCGAAUCUCUGCAUGCCUCACUGCGGCUGCGAUGACUUUUAAGGCUUCCCCUUGUCCAUCUUUAGAAGCACCCGAAAAGGGUUAGGGUUUUGCAAGGGGAAAAGGGGGGCCGGAUGCUGUUCAAGAUGGAUUAGAGUGAGCUCUAAUACUUGUGCUGUUCUACUAGCCUCUGGCCAGCAAGAUAUUCGUUCUGGUGUGGCCUCCUUGCCGACGCGUUUGAUUGGCGGCCUCCCUUUGUUCGGAGGCGGCAGGGAUGAGGCAGAAUAUCUUAUGGCCUAAUCAGUGGAUCUGUUGCACUAGACUUGUACUCUGUAUUGCUCUGUGCGAUGAAUCAGAGUCAGUAUAUUUUCCAAGUCAUGCGAAAUAAAACGACAUCAUCACUACUAAUAAGUGACAUCAGUACUAUUCAUUUUCAUUUAUAGUUUGAGAAGAUAUUCAGUCGUUUGGUCUUCCAUGGUCCACCUCAUUUAAUAUGUUCGCUGCUCUAAUUUUCACAACGAUCGCAUCCGUGACGUUUCUCUUUUACCUCUCCAUUCCUCUGGUCGCGAUUGGAUGCAUGGCGUGCCAGCAGUUCCAGCUUCUGUCAUCUAUAGAAACCCGAACCCUUGGGAUCACGAUGGGGCUACGUCGAGAGGGGUUCAAUCGCCGCCUAGUAUUAAGUGUUGGAAGUUAACCUGUUUCGGAGCAGCUCUUUGGCUUCUUCAAGUACUUAGAAAAGCCGAAGAGAUACAUAUGCGAGCUGGAGAGGUCAACUUGCACCCAUUAAGAGUGAACGUACAGGAAACGAGGAAAAGGAAGACGCCCCACCAACGUGGUCGUUUGCAUCGAAGAGGCACAAGGGUGUGAUCAUUGAUGCUGCCCAAAUGCGCGAGCUGCAAGAUGAUAUCAUGGAUUUGGCUGAAUUUAGUGAAGUUUUCGGCCAAAAUGGGUUUCGUGCUCUGUACAAGGCAGCAUUGCGUUCGUGGUUGGGGAAACGGCCCGAUACGUUUGACAAAUAUUUCGAUUGGCUCACAAACGACCACGACGACGAUGGAGACAUGUGGACGGAAGAGGAAGUACUACACCAGUACAGAUUUACUUAGUAUUUAAGGAAUCUCGUCACUCGCUUCUUGACGUUUUUGGUAGAGACGAUGACACGCAACCUGAGAGGAAAGCUACAGAACGAACUCACUGUGCAGAGUUACCUUCUUUUCUUUCCCAACAUGCAAACUUCCCAAGAACAACUUUCCAAACAAAACAGGAGCGUCGUUGGGCAACACAUUUGGAGCGAAAAUCUGUACCGCCUUUGGAAGAUGUGGUGGAUUUGCGCGCUGGGGAGUCAUCCUUACAGGGCACUUUGGUUCUGGGGUCCUGUUGCUCCGUCUUAACGCCUGCGAACACUUUUCCGUCUGUCGCGUUGCAUCGCGAAUUAGUCGACGAAAAUUUCGGGUCUUUGAACAAAGGGACUGCUGGGGAUUUCACGGAUCUAUGGCUGAGGUUGGGAAGUUGGUUUUUCUGAAUGACUUCUAUUAGUCUUGAGUUUCCGUGUAUUUUUUUGCAUAGUUCAGCAAAACCAUGCCGGGGUCGAGAGCAGCAAAACCAGGACUCCCAGGCGCCUGCUUCCGGCCUGUCGCAUCUCGUUCCGAGGCGUCAAAAGAUGCCGGCCGAGGCGCAAGCGCCGAGCCGCAAGGCUCUUCUGUCAGGACAGGGGGACCGCGUGAGCCCCGUCCUGGAAACAGCCGAGCAGCCCGCAGGCUUGUACUUCGGGGGAAGCGGCUGCAGCCUGCAGCCUUUCGAGCUCACAGAGAGGAAAAAACCAGGUUAGGACUGUGAGAGACUGGCCCCCUUUGCUUCGCGUCUAUGCUGUGUGACGGCGACUGCAUCCGCAUGGAGGAGGGUGCCUGCACUGCGCAAGAAUAUGGCAACCCGCUGGGCAAUUAGAUGGAUCUUCGUCGCGCCAAUCCAGAAGCCCGCGGGGUGACUGGGCUGAGGAUGAAAGCCCUGCAAGCCCUCCCACCACAGCGCCGCGCCGGCUUGGUGACUUGUUUCAGCAAUGACUUUCACCGAGUCGCACCCGGGUCACAGCCGUGGCGCUGAUGUAGAGGGGCGCCGGGCCCGGCAAGUGGCAGAACUUUUGAGAUUGUCGGCCUCUGUUGUGAAUAUCGAAAAAGGGGCGGCCGAUUAUCCGAGGGGCGUGCGCGCUUCGUGCUCUCUGGUAUUCUCGGGAGGCAGAUCACCCCUGAGGUGUAGCCUGCGUGCUUGGGAUAAGUAAUAGGAGGUGGGCGACCUGGAACAGGGAGACUAAAGGCGCGGCUUCGGUGUGCCAGGAGUCCCCUAUCCCUUCGGCUUGGUGAACCCAGCACGCAUCAGGGUAUAGGCCAAGGCGCUCACCUUGCUUGUGUCUUGUUGGGUGUUUUUUUUUCGGACAGCUGGGGCUGCGUGGGGUCUCCUUCUGGAGGGGCGCAGGGUGGGGCUGUCAGGAUGUAGCCGGGUGAGGGGCUUAGUCAGUUUCGUUCCAAAUUUGUGGGGUUUGCUGGUGGGUAUCGUUUCCACCUUCGCAAUUUUUUUGCUUAGACUUGAAAGCAUGCGUUAUGUGACGCAUUUCUCAUGGUGGUGGCUCUAUUCCAUCAUCGUCUUUUCUCUAAUCCAAGCGCUGAACCUCGACUUGCCAAACGGCACCGAUUAUGCAGCUGGGCAGAAAGCUCUGCAUCCCGAACAGGGUACCUCGAAAACGGCAUCCUCAGAGCUUUCAGAGCGACAGUCGCAUCUGCUUUUUACCGACCUCGUCUUCGCAGAACGUUUUGUCUCCGCCGCAGUGCAAGGGGUGUUUGAGCUUCUUCUCGGCGCACAAUCUGGGGAAUUCAGGAACCGUCGAGAAAAGGGGCCUGCGGCAUUACGGUCGCUCCUGUUCCGUCACGCACCUGGCUUCAACAGGGAGAGUCGCGAUUUGCUGAAUGACGAUCAAGAGCGUUGGGUCGCGUCAGCGUUGUUUGAAACGGCGGUCAAGUUAAGGAAAUGAAAGUUGUCGUUUCGAGUUUACUGGAUUCGCAUCGCUUUUAGCAAAGUGAUUAUUCGAAUUUUUCUGUUGAGUCUAGCUCUAGGAGAUAGCUGCACCCCUCGUCUAAUGAAAAGCGAACGUGUGAAGUUCCGUGUUAAUCCCGCAGAAGUCUUGGAUAAAAAUGAUUUUCGGCGGAAGAACAGGAAACCGCACGGAACAGGAGCAGGAGGUGGAGGAGCGCAAGAUCCUACAACAGUUGUUGGCGGUGUCGUUCACGGGAACAAGAUCUACCCGAACAAGCGCAUCGAACAGCAGAGCCAAAGCUUCGCUCCAUCGAAUCUCAUAUCUUUGUACGAUAGAGAUGAUGAGGGCAGCAUGAUGCACGGUCAAUUUGGUAGAAGAACUUCAGUCCUUGAGGAUGAAGCUGAUAAAGUACUAGAAGAACGUCCUGAUGGACUGGGAAAUACUCCUGAAAACCCUCGCUUCUUCAUUCGAGACUACUCUCCGGCAGCAACUACUGCGGAGAACAAGCACAACAAAGCAGCAGAUAAAGCUGCAGCUGUGGCAGAAGCACCUGUGUACACUUCAGUCAGCUUGAAGUCUGGCGUAGGGGAUCUUUUUGACGCCAGCAGUUCCGUUGUCGAGGAUUCUAUCAGCGCAGCUGCCUCUGAUAUGACACGCCGUAUCCCAGACAAGCCAAAACUUGUACUUGCAAGUCCCAGUCUGAGCGCAAAUGAGCAACCUCCAGGUCAAGCACCGAAUGCUGCUGGAGGCUUCAUCCCGGCUGACAAUGGGCAGCGACAGUCUUCUUCUUCAUCAGGUGAAGCUUCUCCAGGUUCUGCAAAUGAAGGAGGCACAGGCACUCAAGAAACUUCUCCAGGUUCUGCAAAUGAAGGAGACACAGGCACUCAAGAAACUGGUGGUCUAGGACUCACGUACAUCAACGCGAUUGAUGACGUGUGUACGCCUGGUGCGAAGUUCAUUGGCAACGUAGUGCUACGCAACCUAGCUCUCGACAUCAGAAUCGCCGUGGAAGCAAAAAAUAUACCGGUUUCUUCGAUUAUGGGAAGGAUUUGUACUUCGAAUCUGUUCUAUUUCGUGAGUCAUAAUUGGCAAAGUCGAAGAGAAAAUAGGUCUUUUUCAGAAAAUGCUUUGUCUUUGUUGCACCGAACGGCGUACUUCUGUGAUUCACCAGAGACUGCCCUUAGUUAUCACUAAUAUAGUACUUAUACAAGUGUGCCUUUUGUCAUUCCCCAGAGAAAAUAUUACCCAUAGUACCUACUUCUCCUUUCAUCACACAAUAUCGCCGUCGUUUCCAGGGUUUUCAGCAGAGCACCUUUUUCCGCGCUUACCAUCGUGGAUUUAUCAGUAGUUUGAGGCGGAUGCGAUCCGACGUAGUUAACCUCAUGGGCGUAGCCUAUCAACCAGAGAAGAGUGGGGUACAACGACAACAUUAUGAACAAGAUAUUGUGAUAUCAUUUCUUCUAUUCGCUGGUGGUGCUCAUGUUCCAAAGUUGUAGAAAACUACUUGCGAGCCUAAAAUGACAUAUUAUGUGUUUAGAGCUGCAUCUUUUUAUCUACCGUUCGAAUAAACUGAUACUAUGGGAAUCACAAUAAUCAUGCACCUUUCGAGAAGUGCCCUACAACUUGUUAGUCUCGUACAACUCGAGAAUGAUAUCUUAAACUCAAGGGGAACAACGCUUAACUACUAUCUUAAACUUUGUUAUUUACCUUAAGCCAGCGUCCAGGCCUGCCUCUACCUCCUCUAAGACUCAGAAAUCGAAGAAAGCAAAUCAGCUGAGAUUGCAUUAAGCCAUUGGGCGAAUGCUUACCUCUCCGCAGAAGAACUUCACAACGUUUGGCCGCUGUUACUCCUAGACUUAAGGCUACUGUAACUGCAGAUCAUGCAUCCUCUCGCAGUUCCAAACCGUGUUUUGCCUGCUUUUUUUUCUACAGUUCAAAUCAAAGAAGUGUCAAGCAAGGAUUAUGGUUUGAAAUAUAGUUGAAAGAUGUGAAAGCCAUAUCUUCACUAACACAUGAGAACAGCGCAGCAGCCACCUGGAGUAUGGUGAAGGGAGGCAUGAAGCCGAAAACCAUUGCGGAACUACCUGAACGAGUUGUACAAGCAAUGACACUCGCGCAAACGUUCAACUAUCUCUUAUGGCUUCCCCUAAUCCAUCUCUAUCGACAUCCCUCAACAGUAUGCACCCCAAUGCGAGGGUUUGGUAGGAUAUAUCUUUGCGGGAUCCCUACAGCAGGGACGAACUGGGAGAAGCUCUAAAUCUGGUUCUUCGCUAUGUGCCGGUUACUGGUUUCGCAGAGUUGUUUGUGCCGGAUUUCCUAGGCAUCAUCCAAGACGAAUAUGAUGCACAAGUAAAUCUAAAUGCAAAGACAGAGUCUUCUUCUUCUUCUUCUUCCUCCACACGGGGAGGUGGUGAGGGUGACGAAAAGCACCAGGGUACUACUAUGGAUACGACCAUAGCAACUUUUACUGAGGCAGGUGACGAAAGUACAGCGAAGAAGGUAAUUGCUUCGCAGCUUUACGAAGUAGAAGGUGGUGGAAUUGGAGGUGGACCAGAGCAAGAUCAAGACGCAGGAAGUGGACCAGUACUAGUACAACAUGGAGGAGGUCGCAGUUGGGAGACAAACGCUGUUGCUUCCGGUAGUAGACAACUCUCAUCAUCUUCAGAUGAAGUGGACGAAUCCGACGCUGAUUUCCAACUCGGAAGGCAAAUGCAACCAACGAAGCGAUACGCGAUGCAGGGAGCUGGACGUGUGCUACAGUGGUUGCAGAAGUACAUCUACGUGGAAGCGGUCAGUCUAUCCCCUGUGUUGUGCGGACAGGCGGUUUUGAGCGGUCUGCGAUGGGCAUUGCUUGGAGGUCUCAUGAGCAACGACGAACUACAAAAACUCGUGUAUAAAUUAUAGGAAUUUUUAUAGAUGAAGAAGAUUUCACAUUCUUGUAGAUCGAGAACAAACUUUGUUCUAUGUAGAUGCAGGAGGUUGGUAUCAAAAAUGUUGAAAUGUGUUGAGAAUACAUUUACAUGAUCAUUAUAUGCUGAGCAGUGGCCAUCUUCUUUCAUACAACAUGUAUCGAAUUGUAGUCAAAGGGCGGAAUUUUGGAGCUCUUGGCUUUGCAGGGCUUAGAUUUUAUAGCUCAGGCAAGAUAGAGAGCGUUUGAUGUCCUGCAAAACACAGUGCUACUAGUUGAUCCUCGAGGAUCUGCUGUAUGAUUAAGCUAGUGAAAAAGUUAGUAAAAAACAAGCUGAAAGAUAAUUUGAAUUCAUUCUCCAGGCUGUAAAAUGAAAAAAGUUCUUUUUUUUACCACCCAUCGAUCAUGUGGUGCAUAUAUCUGCCUUUUCUGCUAAAGAAUAUAAGUAGACUUCAAGUUUUCAUAUCGAGACGAGAAGAUUCCUUCUUCAUUGACGAGAAAGCUCCGAGAUAGACGCAUACUUUGCUGCUUGUACACAGAUAAAUUUCGACGCCAUAGAUCACAUUUUUUAUUCGGCACCUUUUGCAGCGUGUCUCUUAUCCAACGAGGGCAAGACUUUGUCAUGCGAAUGCGACGUGCACCCG